CACAAGCAUAUACAUGUUGAGAUACUUCUAGUAUUAUGCAUAUUUAUACCAUAGCAUAGGAGAAAUUGAUCAAAGGUGAUCAAAUAUAUUAAAGUUUAGAAUUUGGGUUGUGUGAAAAGAUUCAUUAGAGAACAUGAGCAGCAGCGGAGGAGGUGGCGGUGGGGGGUGGAGUGGGGAUAGGGAUGUUGUUAGGGUUUCAAUUCCAAGCAAUGUGAGGAAGAUGAUCCAGAGUAUAAAGGAGAUCACAGGAAACCAUAGUGAAGAAGACAUCUAUGCAAUGCUUAAAGACUGCUCUAUGGAUCCAAAUGAGACCGCCCAAAAGCUCCUCCUCCAAGAUACAUUUCAUGAAGUAAGAAGGAAGCGUGAUCGGAAAAAGGAGAAUUUGAAUAAGGAGCCUGCUGAUUCAAGAUGGAAAUCAGGGGUACAGGGACGGGGAAAUAGGGGCCGAGGGACUCAUUCAUCUCGUAAUAUAUCUCAUGAUAAAGCUGCAGGUGCAAGGAAGUUGGCUUCUGCUAAAGACAAUGAGUCCAACCUAGAUUUAGAUAAGGGUGUUAGCAUGUCUUCUUUGAACACUCCCUGGGAAAGUGAAGGGAAAGAGCCAAAUUCUGCUGCAAGUUCAUUAGGUGCCACAGCAAAUGGUCCUACUGCUAUAGUUUCUAGGAAUCUGACUGUCAUGCAUGAUAAUGAAAAGUUGGAGGAACAUUUGGGUCCUUCUGCUACUGCCUCUGAGAAUAGGGAUCAAUUUGCAGAGCAGAUGCCUGAUUCUAGUAACUUUUCAACUUCUAUGAGUUCAUCACAACCAUCAGGAGCUUAUUUCUUGUCUUCAGACCCUGUAUCAUUAUCCUUACAAGAUUCACGGCAGUCUAGUGCUGUGGGUACAAUGAAACAUGGAGUUGGAAUCCAGUCCAGUGCUGUUGAACAGAUCUCUGCUGUCUCUGAAAUUGCUUCUGGACUUGAUGAGAGUGGGAACUCAAAUGUCCACGGAAAGAUGCCAAGCAAGGCACACGGGAAUGGAAAGAAUCAGCACCUAGAUUCCUCACACACUGCAGCUUCUGCUGUCAGUAGGCCAUCAUCUAACUACAGCAACAGGUCUCAAGUGAUUGGCCCUCAGAAAGGCGACCAUUGGAUGUUGUUGCAGUGGGCAACCAGUCUGGCUAUGUUAGAACAGGAAAUGUACUUUUUUAAUUUCAGCGAAGGUUCUGGUGUAUGGAUUGCACCUCCUGGCCGAGAUUUUUCUAGCUUGCAGGCCAGCUCAUUCUACAAUUUUCCCCAGGGUCAGAUGGCCUUUGCACCUGCACAGCCUGGCCAUGGGACUUUUGCUGGCAUAUAUCACCCAGCACAACCAGUCAAUGCAACUACUGUUAACCCACUACUGCAGCAGUCUCAGACAAUGGCAAGUCCUCUAGAUGUGGUUGGACCCACAGCCAGUGCAUACCAGCAGCCACAACAUUCACAAAUGAACUGGCCUAAUAACUUCUAAAGAGGGAGCUCAUUUUCUCCACUGUAAGCUACAGAACUGGAAGUGGAAAUUGAUAUCUUUGAAUUUUUUGAGAUUCUCCAGCGAUGUUGAAGUAAACCAAAGCAUCUGCAAUAUGAACGUAGAAUAUAAUCGAGCUGAGCAAAAAUUUUAUGAAAGGAGACCCAAAAAAAUGGUUUGGUGGAUGAUAUCUGUUGAUCGCUGGAAGUGAUGAUACUGAUGGUGAAAUGCUUCUGUAUGGAUAAUUGACCUUUUAUUAGUUGGAAAGGUGUUCUGCUGGUUAUCUGUCUUGCUGCUGAUAUUUGGUAAACAACUGCAACUUUAAGCCAUUAUCUUUUUGGCAUUUCUUUUUACACUUAGCAUUCCUUGGGAGACAACUUUUUUCUCCUUUUCAACUUUUUUUUCCCUGAGAUUAUUAGGCUUCUGAAAGGUGAAAUUGAGUUCACAGCUCUCCUGUAAAGUAAAUUUUGAUAGCAACGAUUUAGCUGGACUGUUGUAAUGGGUGUUGGUAUAAGCAAAUGCAGCAUUCUAUUCUUUUCAUUGUUUCA